UUUCAUUACAAUCAAUCAUUUCCGAUCUCUCUCGACGUUUUCUCGUGAAACUGAAUCAAUCGAAGGUGAUAAAACAUCUGUUUUUCUUCCUUUCGAGAGAUUUGCUCUGCAAUUCGAUCUUCUUUUGAUCAGUAAUUUAAAUGGCAACCAUCGGGAACAACAAUCUCAAUGCGAAGCUUGUUCUUCUCGGAGAUAUGGGCGCUGGGAAGUCAAGCCUCGUCUUGCGCUUCGUCAAGGGCCAUUUCCUCGAAUUCCAGGAGUCGACAAUCGGAGCAGCGUUCUUUUCGCAGACACUGGCGGUGAAUGAUACCACCGUGAAAUUUGAGAUUUGGGAUACGGCCGGGCAGGAGAGGUACCAUAGCUUGGCCCCCAUGUAUUACAGAGGAGCUGCAGCUGCCAUAAUCGUCUACGACAUUACUAACACGGAGUCGUUCGCAAGGGCCAAGAAGUGGGUUCAAGAACUUCAGAAACAAGGCAACCCUAGCAUGGUUAUGGCACUUGCGGGUAAUAAGGCUGACCUCGAAGAUAAAAGGAAGGUGACAGCUGAGGAGGCUCGAGUAUAUUCUGAGGAAAAUGGUCUUUUCUUCAUGGAGACAUCAGCUAAAACUGCCAUCAAUGUCAAUGACAUAUUCUAUGAGAUAGCUAAGAAAUUGCCUCAAGCUCAGCCAGCCCAGAAUCCAGCAGGGAUGGUUCUUGUGGACAGACCAGCAGAAAGAUCACGUUCCGCAGCAUGCUGUUCCUAAUUUAACAGGUUCGUUUUAACAGCGACUCCAAGAACUGUUUGAGGAGUGUGUGAAGAGGAAAGCGUAUCAUUCCAUGGGGAGACAAUGCAAAGAUAUCAUGCAAAUAUUUGAAGGAUUGACCCCAUUGAGCUGAUCAGAGGAAGACCUUGUUCUUUCUUCUUGACAAUGUGCUUUUUAUUUUCUGAACCCUGUAAAUGAAUGUAUGUGUGUGUCCACUGAAUUUCGUACAUACAGAAAAGGGUAGUGGUUGGAGGGGGGGGGGGAAUCAUUCUGUAAUCCAUGUACUUUUUUUUUCUUCUUUCUUUUAAGUGUGAUAUUUG